AUGAACACUUCCUCUCCCCUUCUCAACGCCAAUAACGGUGUUGUUUCGUCAGAUUCUGUCACCCAAAUCACUCCCGAUGGCGAUGUUAUGCUGGUGGUUGGCCAGAGCCAGCACAAGAUUCAGGUCUCUUCGCACUUCCUGAAACUCAUCUCCCCCGUUUUCCGAGCUAUGCUUGAUGCACCGAUGAAAGAAAGGAAUGCUCUCGCAAAUAAACCCGACCAUGAAGACCCCAUUGAAAUCAUCCUCCCCGAAGACAAGGAACAACCAAUGGACCAGGUGUUGCGGACCCUUUACAGCUCAGACCCAAGCGCCACGAAGUUCUCGGUAAGUGAAGCCAAGGAGAUUGCAAUUCUUGCAGAUAAGUACGGAAUGGUCGAGCGCCUCCAAGUAUUCGCAUCUUUCUGGCUUCUCAACGCCACCAAGACGGAUAGUAGAGAUUCAGAAGUUACCGAAGAUGACUGGAACACCUUGGUUGUGGCAUACAUCCUUAAGGUCGACUGGGCAUUUUUCGCCGUGACGAAGGGAAUACGCCCGAAGAGCACUAGCUUGCUCAAGUUCAUAAACCGCUUUCAUGACAAGCAUACUGGCCUGCGCCUUGGAAUGGCUAUUGAAGAACUGCGCAACACCCAUUUUAAAGUAGAGCGUGACUCCAGUGUGCAGGAUGUAGCUAUCCUGAGCGUCAUUAUCGACCGUAUCAGCUGGAAUAAGGGAAAUCUGAGAUGA